AUGUCGGAACUAGUUGUUGCUGGCCCCGCGCCCCCGCCGCCCAUGACAUUUCGCGAGCGGUUGACCCAGUUUAGGAUUCUCGAAGAGAAGCGAUGUGAGCUUAUUGAGGAACUGCUGGACAAGCUGGAAAAGACAGAAGAACGCCUUGCGCAAACCGAACUGGAUCUCGGGUCUGAACAGAAUGUUAGACGAACACUGCAAGCGGAGAUUGCCGAGACGACGAGAACAAUGCAGGCGCAGAUAGACGAGUCAAAGGCGAAAGAGGAAGCGUUAGUACAGCAACAGGCGAAGCGACCGUUCGUGAUCGUCCUCAUAGAUGCCGAUGCGGAAGGCUUUCUGUUCCAAGACAAGUACAUCACUCGCAAAGCCCAAGGCGGCGAAUCUCUCGCCGACGAACUCAACCUCCGGAUCCGAGAAUACCUACGAGAACUCUUUGAAGAUGCAGACUCGCUCGAUAUCAUCGUACGGGUAUAUGCCAACCUCGAGGGCAUGGCAAACUACCUUGUGCGGCUCGAAAAGGUGCGCAACUUGGGUCAGCUUCGUGCCUUCUCCACCGGCUUCUGUGGCAGGAUAACAAGCUUCGACUGGAUCGACACUGGAGUCGGCAAAGAAGGCGGAGCAGGAAGAAAAGUCAGAGAAAACCUCUCCUUCUUCGCCCUAAACACCCAUCUCCGCCACGCCAUCGUCGCCUGUUCCCCCGCCGACCUGCCCGCCUCCCUCCUAACCACCAUCCCCCUUGAAAAACUCACCCUGAUCGAAUCCCUCCCCCUCCCCCAAUCCCUCACUUCCCUCCCCAUCAAAACUGCAAAAUUCCACUCGCUAUUCCCGCCCCCCGCGCCCCCGAAAGCCGUAAAACCUGUCGUCGAACGCAGCCGCUCCGACCGCGGCCACAGCGAAGCAGACAUCAGACGCGGCGACCGCGACCGAGACCGCGACCGGGACCGUGAGACCCGACGACGCGAUGAUAGAGGCAGCGGUGGCCCGCAACUCCAGCUCAUGGAACAAGAGCAUGACGGCGGCGGCUCGACGUGGCUUGUUAUCCAGCCUGAGCGGAGCAAGAGCCAGGUUAUCGACAGGAGGGGGGAUAGGAGACGGGCGCCGAGUGAAGACGAUAGUAGCAGCUUGAGUAUUAGCAUUGGGCCGGACAAUACUGUUAGUGUUGAUAGUGGGAGGAGAAGGAGGAUUAUGGGGUAA